UUCAGGAGAAACGAAACUAACCAGUGCCAGCCUGGCUUUGCUGCUUCCAUUAUCUCCUUUUUACGAUCGGGAUGGAUGAAGAAACGGACAUACCCUCAGAUCUCAGCUUUCCUGCACCCUCAGAUGUAGCGUGUGAUGCGUGCACAGGAAGGAAGCGUAAAGCAGAGCAGUCCUGUCUGCAGUGUUUGGCUUCAUACUGCGAAACCCAUUUGGACAUGCACAACAUGCUGCAUGUGAAUGAGAAGAGACACAAACUGGUGUCAGCUACAGAAAGAUUCAAGGAGUGCAUCUGUCCUGAACAUGAUAAACUCAUGGAGGUUUUCUGCCGCACGGAUCAGCAGUACAUCUGCCACUGGUGCAUUACAAAUAAACACAGAGCUCACGAUGUCGUCUCCAUUGACCAUGUGGUGGCAGAAGUGAAAUUUAAGCUUGGGACCACACAGAGGGAGAUUCUUGACAGGAUUAAAAUCAGAGAGAGAGAAAUGCAAGAAUUAAAACAAGCAAUCAAGGCUUUCAAGGCUUCAGCGGCGCAAGCAGUGGAAGAGAAUGAGAAGAGUUUUACAGAGCUGACCCACUACAUUGAGAUGAGACAGUGUGCAGCGAAGGAGCUGAUCUUGGCUCAGGAGGAAGCUGCUGUGAAGAAAGCCCUUGAACAUUUGGAGCGACUGCCAUCAGAGAUCACUGAACUGAAGAGGAGAGAGCUUGAACUGCAGCGCCUGGAGCAGCUCUCUCAAGCAGAUCAUGGCGUCCAUUUUCUACAGAGUAUUUUGUUCACUCCUGCACUUUCUUCAUCCUUGUCUUCCCCUGUGCUCUUUGUCCAUCCUUACUCCUCAUUUGAGCUCGCUACUGAAGCUGUCUCAGACCUUAUAAAGAAGAUGAAACAUGUCUGCAAUGUGCACUUCACCAACAUCUCUGAACAUGUCCAGACAGCAGAAAUUCUGGCGUCACCCAUUUUGAAAACACGGGAAGUUUUACUGCAAAGUGCUUCCAAGCUCACACUGAACCCUGACACAGCACACGUGUCUCUGCGCCUGUCUGAAGACAACAGUGAGGUGAGUGCCAUGACUCUGGAGCAGGAUUACACCGACCACCCGGACAGAUUUGACCGCAGAGCACAAAUCCUUUGCAAUGAGGGUCUUCAAGGCACCCCGCAGUACUGGGAGGUGGAGUAUGGAGGCAACAACUGGGUGUGCAUCGCUGUGUCCUACAUCGGAAUCUACAGGAAAGAAAAAUGGGGAAAGAAAAGCAGUCUCUUUGGCAGAAACUGCUGUUCCUGGGGCUUGCGCUGUUAUCCAUCUUCCUAUAAAUUCUGGCAUAAUAAUGAGUACAUAUCAGUUAAGUACAGCAGGCGUUGUUCUAGAAUAGGAGUGUAUCUGGAUCAUGGAAUAGGAAUUCUGGAGUUUUACAAUGUCUCAGAUGACAUGAGUCUCAUCUAUAAGGCCCAGACCAAGUUUACUGAACCUGUAUAUGCUGGGUUUGGACUGGCAGGAAAACGCACUCACAUUAAGCUCUGUGAUUUAGAGGCGGCGGCCAUGAGUAUUCCACAACAUUAA